AUGUCUACCAAUGUCCCCAAGGACCUCCCAGAAAUGGAGUACCGCUUCGUAGGCAGGAGCGGUCUCCAGAUCUCCGCCAUCUCGCUCGGCGGCUGGCUCACCUACGGCGGCCACGUCGGCGACGAGAACACAUUCGCCUGCCUCAAAGCCGCCUUCGACGCGGGCAUCAACUUCUUUGACGCGGCCGAAUCCUACUCGGGCGGCGAAUCCGAGCGCGUCAUGGGCCGCGCAAUCAAGCACUUCGGCUGGAGCAGGAACGACAUCGUCGUGUCUACGAAAAUCUACUGGGGUACACACAACUCGUCGCUCCCCAGCCCGCGCAACAAAAUCAACAACCUCGGCCUCUCGCGUAAGCACCUGAUCGAGGGCACCGAGGCCGCCCUCGAGCGACUGCAGCUGACCUACGUCGACAUCAUCUACGCGCACCGCCCGGACAGACACACGCCCAUCGAGGAAACAGUCCGGGGCUUCAAUUUCCUGAUCAACACUGGCAAAGCACUGUACUGGGGCACGUCGGAGUGGCUUCCCUCGGAGAUUGAGGAGGCGUGGGCCGUGGCUGACAGACUGGGGCUCAUUGGUCCGGUGGUCGAGCAGCCCGGGUACAGUCUCCUUCGGCGGGAGAAGGUGGACGAUGAAUUCCGGAAUGCAAAGCUGUUCGAGAGGAGAGGGUUGGGGUUGACCGUCUUCUCGCCACUGGCCGGCGGGCUGCUGACGGGCAAGUACAUCGACGGCGUGCCAGAGGACUCGCGCCUGAACACCUCGACCGAUCCGUACAUCCAGGGCGUCAUCAAGACGGUGGGCACGCCUGCGUGGACCGAGCAGCAGGGCAAGAUCCGCGCGCUGAUGCGUGUCGCAGAGUCGCUGGACACGGACGUCGCGACGUUGAGCAUGGCGUGGGUCCUGAGCAACAAGCACGUCACGAGCGCCAUCACGGGCGCGUCGAGGCCCGAGCAGAUCUUCCAGACUGUCCAGGCGCUGCAUGUAUAUCGCAAGUUGACCCCAGACGUGCUGGACGAGAUUGAGCGCAUUUUCAAGAACAAACCUGCGCAGCUGACGCCGAGGUUUGGUGUUUGA